UGCAAGUUCGCUUAAGCUUCGGUAGAAAUUGUAGUAUCUCGAAUCAAUCGCCGCAGUUUGCUCUGCUCCGCAACUUUUCUACAACUUCAACCCAACUACUACUCGUCAUAACAACUUCGUCACAUUCACCUGCAGCGAACACCACACUCCCUUUUUACUCUCGCUGUACCUGACGUCGAGACCGGUCGGCGCAUCCUUUGAACAUCCCGAGUCUGGAACCCACGCAUUAAACCAACCACCUACUAUCGCCAUGUCGUUCCUCUUUGGCGGAGGCCGGCCUCAACCAUCUUCCCAGGAGAAGAUUGCUGCUGCAGAGGCUGAAAUCUUGCUUAUCCAAGAUAUGUUCCAGAAGUCCGUGGCUUCGUGUAAAAAGAAGUGUGUUCCUACCGACUACCGAGAAGCCGAGCUCAACAAGGCCGAAAGCGUUUGCCUCGAUCGAUGCAUGGCCAAAUUCAUUGAAGUCAAUGUCCAGAUUUCAGACAAGUUGAAGGAAAAGGUUCCAGGAGGCGGUGCUGGUGGCGGCGGCAUGUUCGGCAUGUAAGCGAGACUACAUUCAGCUUAUUCAAGUUGUAUUCGUUGGACACAUCGUCUGCAUCGUCGAGUGGUUCGGGGCUCUUGAAGGGGUCAGAGCUGGGUCAUAUGAAGAUGCUAUCAGACGCCUGGAUUGCCGGUCACAUCUCGCCUCAGUGAUGGAUGUGACAUUGUAUACUAUUUCGACCCUUGGUCGAGUGACAGAGUGUGAGAAUGGAAAAGGCGCAAUGCUGGGUGACGGGGAUAUUUACUUCGCACCGAAUACAAAUCAAGGAUACCCUCGUCUCGUUCAUUUCAUUACAGUCGUUUCUGCUCACGGUUGCAGAACAGAAUCUGGUCAUUUCUUCUUUAACAUUCGGGAGGCCGCCAUACUCGAAAACGAUAAAAAUGCCUUUGUUUCGGCAGCUGGUGGUGGCCCCGUGGACCCCUUUUGAAGUACCCAGGCGACCGCCG